AUGAGCUUGGAUAAUAAUAUAGACGCGAAUUUAUCCACUCAUUCUUCGUACAACCAGUAUUGGAGUGUUCCUAAGGUCUUCGAGGGAGAACCUGGAAACGAUAGACUUCCCAGUUUUUUAAAUGGAGAUUAUGAUUUUUCUAGUUCACGGGAAAUAAUUAACGGAAGAUAUUUGUACUUUCAGUGCAGACAAGAAGGAGUGCCGACAAAAAUAUUUAUAUUAUUGGAUCUUGAAACUUGCAAAGCAAGAUUGUUAGAACUCGACGUAGAUUUCGAAAGGUUACAUCUCAGUCAAACACUUUCCUGUUACAAAAACAAUCUUGUUUUAUCGGCUAAACGAAAUGCAAACCAUGUUGAAAAGGAUCAGCAGAAUGAUUGUCUUAUAUUUAUCACCGGGGAAACUUUUGAAAUCUGUGACAUUAUGAACGUUUGUGACUCAUCCAUCACUUCAAGACACGGUUACUCUUUGGAUACACAAGGUACUGAUAUUAUUUUAUUCGGUGGAAUAGUCAACGCAGAAUAUUCAAAUGACUUACUUAUUAUGAAUCUCAAAGGGCUCUCUGUUUCUCCAGAUGAUUCUUCUAAAGAUUCAAAUAAUGCACGUAGAUGGUCUGAAUUGCCUCUUCAAUCAUCUUCUCCUCCUGGUCGUUGCAACCACGCUACAGUGGUGUUAGGGAAUAAACUAAUCAUUCACGGAGGAAGAAAUAAGAUGGGACUUUUAGGGGAUUUAUGGCUUUUGGAUUUAGAUACCAUGAUUUGGACGGAAAUCCGACCAGUAGGCAGUUUUCCAUGCCCAAGAGAAAGCCAUAAAUUUGUUUCCCUAGGAAACAAAGUAUAUAUGUAUGGUGGGUUUGAUAAAAAUCAAGUUCUAAGUAAUGAACUAUGGUGUUUUGAUUUAGAUAAGCAAAGCUGGUUCCGAACUAAAGGCCCUUCCAUUCCCGAAAGUAGUGCGAACUUCCUUACCAUAAAUAGUUGUAAUGACCGUCUCUUCUUGACUCUCUCUCUCAAGAGGCGUGAUUCAUUUCGAUUUUACGGUUAUGAGUGCGAUCCAAACCGCCUUCACUGGAAUAAUAUGGACGCUUAUGGGCUACCUGUUUUUAGUCACGUUAGAAUGAACUCCUCCAAUAUAGCUAACAAUACGGUUCCGCUUGGCAAAAUCAAAACAAAUCAUACAAAGAAUCGCUCGAACGCGUCAUUCAGCUUUUAUGAUUAUUUCGAGCCAUCCCAUAAAUCAGUAAAGUCACUCGGACAUAGACAUUACGGGAGCUUAGAUGAACAAGGAAUAAAAUCUUUGAAAGGAAUGAAAAGAAACUCUUUACAUAACCGUCGAAAUUCCGAUAAUCUCUCCCUUCGUGAAUUUGGUCAGAGCAGUCCAUUUGCUUAUGAUGUUGAUAAAACAAUUACUUCGCUUCCUAUCGCUUACGAUGAUGAAGAUAAUAGAGAUAAUCAAUCAUUUGUAAGCGUUACUGACCGUCUUUCUGAUCGUUCGACAAAUCUACAGACCUUUCAUUUCCGUACUACAGACGAUCGUAUCGCGUGGUUAGAAGAGCAGCUACUUUUUUGUAUGACCCAAGGUUAUGCACUUAAACCCCCAGGACAUUUAAAUGAAAUAUAUACAAAAGGAAUUCAUAUUCAUUCCCAGCCUUUAAAAAUGCUUGAAUCUUUACAUGCUAUGGAAGAGGAACUAAGCAAGACAAAAUUUGAGUUCAACCGAAGCGUUAGCAAUAUGAUAUCUGAAAACGCUCAGUUGUUAGCGGAAAAGGAUGCUUCCCAAAACUCUGUUGAGUUUCAUAUAAAGCUUCUCCAAGAAAGUAAUAUAGACAGUCUCACUCGAAUGCUGAGUGAACGAGUGCACACACUAGAGAUAGAUGUGCAGCAUUCUUUAGCCGAAGCAACAUCUUACUACCAAAGAUGCAAUGAACUAGAACGGAAAGUUGAGGAAUUACAAUGUAUGAAUAGUAUAAUAAAGUCUCAACAAGUCGAGCUCAACAGAAAUUACGAAAAACUUCAUUCCGUUUUUGAGGAGGACGGUAAUAGAGUUGGAUUACUACAGACAGAAAACAAUUUACUCAAACUUGAUGUUAGUAGACUCUCUCGGGACGCAUUAGAUUUCCAAACAAAAUGCCGAACUUUGGAGUACGACAAUUACGAAUUAGAAACAAAAUUGAUUGAGUUAUGCGACCGAAUGGAAAUGCAAACUAACGUAGUUGAAGCAUCCGCUAGUGCUUUAGAUGUCUCGAAUACUGCCAUUCUAUCUUUUGAAGAUUCUCUUCGUAGAGAAAAGGAAGAGAAUAAACUUUUGCAUGAAAAUUGCUUAAGCUUGACAUAUCAUAAUUCUCAUUUGAAUGCUGAAUUGGAACGACUUCAACUUGAAAAUAAGGAGAAUCAAAAAGUAACUAAUCAAGUUCGUUCGGAUGCAACAUAUUUGAAAUCAAUUAUACAUAAUGGGUUAUCAAAGUUGCUCUCCUCGGAUGCUGAAGCAAAGGAAAAACUUCAGGAUUCCCCAACGACUAAACAAAAAAUUACUCACCUUGAAUCCCAACUAGUUGACAUGCAGCAGUCGUUUGAGAAGCAACGUAUAAACUUUGAGAAAACAAUGCAAGAACUGAUCCUUUCACAAAGACAAUAUGUUGAAUUGAAGCAUGCCUACUCAUCAGCUCUCGCCGAAAAAGGUCAACUGCUUAAUCAAAUGGGUAGUUUCACAGAUGCACGUAAAGCUGAUGUUUUGGAAUCUCAAAGAGCCAUUUCUGGAUCAAAAUUAAGCCAAAUUUCUCCGAGAAUUAAUUCUUUUGAUCGAGUUUCGCUCCAGAGCCAUUUGAGUUCUGGUAUAAAUCGUGAAGAGAAAGCCAUUUCGAGUCCAGUUAAUGAUGAGGUCAAUAACGAAGAUUCUAUAUUCAGUAAGUACCAGAGAAACUUUAAUAAUCUAAUUUCCUCGGAACCAUUAACCACGUCUCCUCAACAACAUAUGCUUCAUCGUCUGAAAAUGGGACUAGAAAAUCAAAAAAAGCAGCUUAUUGACACUCCAAAUACGCUUUCAAAAGGAUUUGAUCAGACCGUUGUCAAUAGUAACCAAGGGAGAAAUGAUAAACCACUACAGUCCGUGUCCGAUGAUUAUUAUGCAAAUAAAAUAAAACAAUUAGAGGACGACUAUCAGCAGGCGAUAACAUUCGCAAAUUGCUCUGAUGAAUCGUUUCAACAGUUGAAUUAUAAGUUUAUAUAG